AUGACGACACUGACGAACUCAAUGAACGGCCUUCCUCGACGCAACAGCAUCCAGCGUGAGUUCAUUGCAUCCAAGACGGUGGCCAACGUCUUGUCAGAGGUGAAAGCAGCAUCGACCCGUCAGCUUGUUGAUCUGCCCUCAACGGCAACGAUGGAAGAAGCGUUCGACGUCCUCUUGGCUGAGGAUAUCUUAUCGGUGCCCGUAUACCAGCUGGAGGCAGAUCAGCACGCCAAAAAGUACUUGGCCAUUGUCAGCGUCUUGGACUUGCUCAAACUGCUCAAUGACAAUGUAGAUCGCAGCUGCCUGCUGAGGCCACUCGCUGAAGCCGCAGGAAGAACAGCCGAAAGCUCGCAACUCGUCAGCGUGCGGCCGACGGACUCGUUGCAGUACGUCAUGGAGCUGUUCAGCACCCAUGCCGCCCACCGUGUCUUGGUGCUUCAAGAAGAAUCACCCAUCCUGCUGUCUCAGAUGGAUGUCGUCAAAUACCUCCAGGCUCACAACCACCAGCUGGGCCCUAUCCUCGACCUGACGACGCCGACGAUUGUAGAUCAUGCACGCACCCGACGAGGCGAGCAUCCCUUGGCCUCCCUGAACUAUCGCUGCACGGCAAUGGACGCAUUCUUGCAGCUUGCACAGUCGCGCGUGGGCGCCUUGGCCGUUGUGGACGACGAGGACGACAUGGUUGGGGAAUUGAGCGCAGAGAACUUGCGAGGACUGAACCGGGAGCGGUACGACGCACUGCAGAAGCCGGUGGUCAUGUACUUGAAGGAGAGCCAAGGCGAUCUGUACCCGCCACUGACUUGCCACGACCGCUUUACGCUGUCUCAGCUGAUGACGGCCUUUGUGCUGCGCAAAGCCCAUCGUCUGUGGUGGGUGGAUGAGGCGGGCCAUGUGAAAGGCGUUAUCACGCUCAGUGACUUUUUGGGCACCUUUAUUGAUGCGUCGCUGUGA